AUGUCAACAUGGCCCCAGGUGGCUAUAGACCUCCUCAUGGUCUUUGCUGCUAAGCUAAACCUACUUCGGAUAGCCUUUUCUGGGGCCCGACCUAGUGUUUUAAUCCAACUCCUGCCGACAGUAUCCGAGCAUAUUCAGGAUUUGCUGCCUGACGUCACGUCUGCUGCAGAUUGGCUGUUCAGAUCUGACACACGGCUCCACCAGGGAGAAGAAACUUUUAAAACACUUUGCAGCCGGGGCUGCCUCCGCGCGUCCAACGCUCACGAUCCUCCUUUCCCCUCUUCGCGGGUCGGCGCCUGUGGCACCCCGGCGGCACCCCGCGACACCCCUGCUGAGCCAGGGGGACCCUCACCUUGCGCAGCCCGCGCCCCUCCCCUACUCCCCACCCCAACUCCCGCCCCCUGCUCGCCACCGCUGCCGGCUGGGGUCCGCUGCCGUUCAGCCGCCCGCAAAGCUCCUUCCACUGCGGCCACCCAGUCGGCCUCCACCCCGCUGCGUCCGGACUUUCCGCUGAGUUCUCGGGGAUACGGAGCGAGGGCACCGGGGCAGGACGAGCCGCGCGGCCGGAGACUGCCCGUGAUGGCCGGAGCCUGGCUCAGGUGGGGACUCCUGUUCUGGGCAGGGCUGCUAGCGUGGUCUGCGCACGGCCGAGUGCGGAGGAUCACGUACGUGGUGCGCCCGGGCCCGGGGCUGGCGGCGGGAUCCUUACCUCUGGCUGGGCCCCCACGGACCUUCAACGUCGCUCUGGACGCCAGGUACAGCCGCAGCUCAUCGGCCACCUCCAGCCGCUCCUCGGCGGGGCCCCCAGCCGAGCGGACCCGGCGCACCAGUCAGCCUGGCGGUGCGGCCCUGCCGGGGCUGCGAUCACCGCUGCCACCCGAGCCAGCGCGUCCAGGGGCGCCGGGCCGGCAAUUCCACUCUAAGGCCGGUGCUCAGCCCGCAAUCACACGCUUUGCCAAACAUGGCAGGCAAGUCUUGCGCUCCAAAGUGCAGCAGGACACCCAGAGCGUCGGGGGCUCCAGGCUGCAGGUUCAGCAGAAGCAGCAGUUGCAGGGAAUCAACGUCUGUGGAGGUCAGUGUUGCCAUGGCUGGAGUAAGGCUCCUGGCUCUCAGAGGUGCACCAAACCAAGCUGUGUUCCGCCAUGCCAGAACGGAGGGAUGUGUCUCCGGCCUCAGCUCUGUGUGUGUAAGCCAGGGACAAAGGGCAAAUCCUGCGAGAUCACAGCUUCCCAGGACACUGUGCCACCAGUCUUUGGAGGACAGAAUCAUGGGUCUUCUUGGGUCCCUUCUGAGCAAGUGGCAAAGCAUUCCUCAACCAAGAAGGCAGACGCUCUACCAAGGGUCAAUCCAGUGGCUCAGAUGACCCUGACCCUCAAGCCGAAGCCUUCCGUGGGACUCUCCCAGCAGAUCCAUUCUCAGUGAGUGUUCUCAACUUGUGUCUAGCCUAGAUACACAUUAGCCCCUUUUGAACACACUGCUUUAAACC